AUGAUAAUAACGAGGAUAAUUUCCAUUUAAAAAAUAUUUUUUAAAUUUUUAUUUUUUACUUCUUAUUUUCAGAUUAAAAUAAUAAAAAAAAAUAUAGUAGUAAAAUUAAUAAUAAUAAUAAUAAUAAUAAUAAUAAUAAUAAUAAUAAUAAUAAAAUUUCGAUUUAAAUUUAAAUUUCGAAUAAUAAUAGAAUUAAGUUAAUAAAAAUAUAUAAGAAUAAUAAAAUAAUUAAGAAAAUAAUAAUAUUAAACAAGACUAAAUAAUCGAGUAAUUUUAACAAUUUUUUAAUAUAAUAAUAAUAAAACUUAAAUGAAAAUAUAUAAGAUGGAUAAAAUAAAAAUACUUAAGAAUAGAUAGAUGACAAUUUUUAAUAAGAAAUUAAUAACAAAUUUAUUUUCGAAGAAAGAAAUGAUAUCAAUAUAAAAGAAGAAGAUAAAUAAUAAUUAUAAUAAGAAAAUAAAUAAUAAAUAUAAUAAGAAGAACAAUAAUUAAAUCAUUAAAAUUUAAAAAAUGAAAAAGAAAUAAAUAUUGAAUAAAUAAAUAAAAAUUGAGAAAAAAAUAAACAAAAUCUAAUAAAAUAGUAAAAUUUUUACAUAUUUUUAUUAUAUUUUUUUUUUUAAAAGAAUACAUAAUAAAGUACUUUAGUUUAUAUUUUUAAUAGAAUUUAUGAAUUUUUUAUUGUUUUGUGAUGAGUCUUUUUCCUCCUUGGCAUAUUGAAUUAUAUACUAGAAAUAAAUAAUUUGAAAACUAAGAAAAUAAAAACCAAGAAGAAAUAAAAAAUAAUAAUGAAAAUAAUCAAGAAGAAGAAAAUAAAAAUUAAAUUGAAGAUGAUAAAAGUGAUGAAUAUAUAGAUGAAAUAAUGAAGAUGCUUAAUAAACAAUAAUGGUAUUUUAAAUAAAGUUGAAAGGUAUUUAU